UUCAUUGUCAAUAUACUGGAAAUAUACACUCUUCUUUGCUUGUAUAAUUUAUAUAACGUAUCUACAUCUCUUGCACGUUUGGUCCGAAAACAUACAGAUGUUUAUCUAUAGAACUAUUUACGGGAAGAUAUUGCGCAGUGUGUUGUUAGGCUCCAACAUGUGCUUUGACGAUGUUGUUUAAGUGAUAAAUAGUGUUUGAUCGAAUUCUGUAUGAGCCUGAACUCACUCUGAAAUGGGUAAAAAUAAACAAGGGUUUAACUGGAAAGCAAGACAACAAGGUCAGACAGUUGUUGACCAUUCGGACGAGAAAAAGAUUAAACUUGAUUCGACAUAUGUCAUUGACAAGACAGCUGUAUCAGGAUAUGACGAGAGUAAUAGUCUGGUGCUGCCAUCUAGGAAACGAAAGACUGAGAAAAAGAAAGAAGUGGUACACCAUGUGAAAAAGCUCAGCAAAAAGGAACGUAAAACAUUGGAAAAAGUUCUAGAAAAACGGGAAAAGAAAAGUAAGAGGGCACAGAUUUUAGAGUCUUUGAGUGAGGUGCAGGCAACAUCAGAAGAAAUGAAAUUGUUUACGAGCAUCACUGAGAUGCACUCACAGAAAUUCAAACACAAAUUAGACAUUGAGCUGAGUCCUAUGGGUGAGGUGAAGUUGAACAGCAUCACUGGGAGCAAGAAGAAUAUGAGAGAGCAGAAGAUGAUGGAGCUGGAAAAGGGCCAGGAUAUCGAUGGUGACGAGUCGGACAGCUCCAUCGAUACCUCGGAUAUAUCCACGGACGAGGAGCAGGAUGUACAACCCACACAAGAUGAUGACAAACAGAUAGAGGAGACUCCUGCAAACAGCAGUGUCAUAGAGACAGCUGAGAGUACUCGGCCAGACGACAGUUCUGUUGAAAAGCCAAAGGAUGCUUCCUCGGAUAACAUUGCCAUAAAAGAUGAUACAAAAGUGGGAAAAACAACAGAAAGUGAUACACAGGUUGACACCAAGCCAGCUUUCUUUGUACCAGUGUCACGUUCGGCUGCAGUCCAGGCGGCAAGAUUGAAGCUGCCGAUACUGGGUGAAGAGCAAGUUGUGAUGGAAGCCAUCCAUGAACACCCAGUGGUCAUUAUUUGUGGCGAAACGGGAUCAGGGAAGACAACUCAAGUACCUCAGUUCCUGUAUGAGGCUGGCUAUGCCCACAAAGGUGCCAUUAUUGGAAUUACAGAACCAAGACGAGUUGCUGCAAUCAGUAUGUCCAGAAGGGUUGCCAUGGAAAUGAAUUUAUCUAGAAGAGUUGUUUCCUAUCAGAUUAGAUAUGAAGGAAAUACGACUGAUGAAACAAAAAUUAAAUUCCAGACCGAUGGUGUGCUGUUGAAGGAAGUUCAAAAGGAUUUCCUCUUGACGAAGUACAGUGUUAUUAUUAUAGAUGAGGCUCAUGAACGGAGUGUGUACACUGAUAUUCUGAUCGGUUUGCUUUCACGGAUCGUGCCUCUACGACAAAAGAGAGGAAACCCGCUAAAGCUGAUUAUUAUGUCUGCUACGCUGCGAGUGGAGGACUUCACUGAUAACAAGCGUCUCUUCAAGGUUACGCCUCCAGUCAUCAAGGUGGAUUCACGUCAGUACCCAGUGACGAUUCACUUCAACAAGCGAACACCGCUUGAUGAUUAUUUGUCAGAUACGUAUAAAAAGAUCUGCAAGAUUCACAGACAGCUGCCUGAAGGGGGUAUUCUUGUGUUUGUGACGGGGCAGCAGGAAGUACAUACCUUGUGUCGCAAACUGAAACACACCUUCCCUUACAAACAAGGAACUGUUUCAGAAAGUAAGCCAAAACCAGAAUCUAGAAGACAAAAGAAAACAAAAGUAAAAAAGUGUGAACUUCCAGAAGUGAACUUGAACAAUUACUCAACACAGCCACUUGAUGAAGAAGCUGAUUUGGAUAUGGUUGACCAGGAAUCCGAUGAUGACAUUACACUGACUUCACCUGUUGAUGAUGAUGAUGAUAAUCAAGAUGAUGUGGAAAAUACAACAGCUUCAGAAGACCCGCUCUAUGUUCUUCCACUGUAUUCACUUUUAUCCAGUGAGAAACAAGCCAAAGUGUUUGAAUCUCCACCUGGAAACUGCCGACUCUGUGUUGUGUCUACGAAUGUGGCGGAGACAUCACUGACCAUUCCAAACAUCAAAUAUGUGGUGGACACGGGCAAGGUAAAAACCAAGUUCUAUGAUAAGGUGACUGGUGUGUCGACAUUCAGGAUAAUGUGGACAUCGCAGGCCUCGGCCAAUCAGAGAGCAGGACGAGCAGGUCGCGUGUCUCCGGGUCACUGCUACAGGUUAUAUUCUUCAGCUGUGUUUAAUGAUGACUUUGAGAAGUUUUCUCCUCCAGAAAUCACAAGACGACCUGUUGAUGACCUUGUGUUACAAAUGAAGGACAUGAAUAUUAACAAGGUGAUAAACUUUCCAUUUCCAACACCCCCAGACAUUGAACAAAUUAAGGCAGCAGAAAAAUUGCUUACAGCCUUAGGAGCCUUGACACAUCCAGAUCUUCCCAGAUCUGUAGCAGAAAUGAAAAAAGAGUCUACCAGUACGAUAACACCAGUGGGUCGAGCAAUGUCGAAGUUCCCCGUUUCUCCGCGGUAUGCGAAGAUGUUGCUGCUGGGUGAACAACAUGACCUCCUGCCAUACGUGAUCACCGUCGUGUCUGCAUUGUCUGUGGAUGAGCUCUUCACCGACGUACACAAAUCUGGACAAACCGACCAGGAGAAAGAUGAUUUUAAACAGAAAGUGUCUAGAAGUCUUCAAGUUAGGAAGCUAUGGGCAGGUUCUGGUAAUUCCCUCCUGCUGGGUGACUUGAUGGUUCUCUUGAAAGCUGUAGGGUCCUGUGAAUAUGAGGGGUUUUCAACAGAGUUUUGUGACAAGUUUGGUUUGCGCAGUAAAGCUAUGAAGGAGAUCAGAAAACUGCGGGUGCAGUUGACCAAUACAGUGAAUGUUGUUCUAUCAGGAGCGAACGUCUGUGUUGAUCCGAAACUGAGUCCACCAUCCGAUGUCCAGUGUAAAUUGCUGAGGCAAAUAGUCCUUACGGGCUUAGCUGAUCACGUUGCCAGACGAUAUGCUGAUCCACCCCCUGGUGCUGAUGAAGCUGCCAAAAAGCUCAAGAAUGCCUACCAGAGUAUGGACUUGGAAGAACCAGUGUAUAUUCACCCACUGUCUGUGUUAUACAGAGAGAAACCAGAGUUUGUGGUCUACCAGCAUGUCAUAGAGACUUCCAAAAUGUACAUGCGAGGUGUUGUUGCUAUUGACCCAGAAUGGCUACCUGUGUUUGCUCCAUUCUACUGCACAUUGGGGAAACCCCUAGAAAAACCACCUCCAGAGUUUGAUCAGGUCAAAGGUCAUGUCACCUGUCACAUGACCAGCUCUUAUGGUCCAUUGAGAUGGUCGAUAGAUGCUGUUUCCCUGGAAUUCCCUUCUGGCCUGGAACGGUUCAAGUGGUUUGCCAAGUUCCUGCUAGAGGGCGCUGUGGUAACACGACUGCAGAAAUAUGUUCCAUCUUUGUUGUCUACUCCUUCCACAAUGGUCAAAUCAUGGGCGAAAUUACAGCCAAGGACUGAAUCUUUACUGAAAGCAUUGGUGAGUGAAGGAGUGGAUAAUCGAGACUCGUUACUUCGUGCCUGGAAACAGAAUCCUAAAUAUCUGCUCAGUGCGUACUGCGAGUGGCUUCCUCAGGGCACUCACAUGGAGCUUGAGACAAAAUGGCCACCAGUAGACAGCACCUGAUCUUGUUUGUGAAAAUAUGUUCUAGUGUGACAAGCAGGAGGAUCAGUCCCCAGUUUGGGACCAUGGUACCAGAUCGUGUUUGUGAAAAUACAGUAUCAGAAGGAUCAGUUUCAUCUGGGACUAUGGGACCUGAUCGUGCUUGUAAAAAUACAGUAUGAGAAGGAUCAGUCCCCAGGCUGGGAUCACAGAGGAUCAUUUGGGACCAUGGCUCCAUACUGUGAUUGUCUGGCAUCAUAACACUUGAUUUUGUUUUGUUUCUAUGACAAUAUAAGAUCAGAAAGAUCAGUCCCCAGUUUAGAAUUGUGGCACUUUGUUCUACUUGGGCACCUGCGUCCUAAUUCACAGAGCUCUCUAAAACUCACUUAAACUACAUCACAUCAUAGCCAGUCUUUUUACAUUGCACUGUGAGAUCACAAAGUUGUAAAAAGCAUUCUAGUCUUGACAGUGAGUGCCACAUCUAAGAGUGCAGGACCUGGCCUUCUUUAUUGAAGAACAUUCUAGUCUUUGAGAAUCGGUCCAGACUGUGAAUACAGUGCAUGGUCUCAUAAUACCAUACUGACACUUUAGUAUGAUAGGAGAUUUUGUGGGAAAAGUGGUAUCAUCCCAGUGGUGUUGUAAGAGUUUUAAAAAAGCUUAUAAAAGACUACUGGUGAUCUGAAA